CCUCACAUCGUCGUCGAGAUGUACCAUCCCACGAGAGGCGGCGUCCGCGGCGGGCGAGACCAAUUCAAAUGGGAUGAUGUUAAGGUUGACAAGCACCGGGAGAAUUACCUUGGUCAUAGCGUUAAGGCUCCCGUUGGUAGAUGGCAGAAAGGGAAGGACCUGUUGUGGUAUACGAGAGAUAAGACAUCCGACACAGAAGAUGCCAUGAAGGAAGAAAUUAGGAGAGUGAAGGAGGAGGAGGAACAGGCCAUGCGUGAGGCACUUGGCUUAGCUCCCAAGCGCAGUAGUCGACCAAAGGGCAAUCGCUUAGAUAAGCAUGAAUAUGCUGAGCUAAUAAAGAGAGGAUCUACAGCGGAGGAUUUGGGAGCAGGGCAUGCUGAAGCAGCACAAGUGCAAGGAUUAGGUUUAUACAAGGGUCCUCAGACUGAGGAAGAACCAAGUAGUCCUGGGCCUUCUGAAACGAAGCCUGAGCAGGUUGAGUUUGCACCUGCAGCAAAGCAGGAAGAUUCUGAAGAUGAUAGGAAGGGGAAAAGGCGGCGUGACGAUGAAAGGAGGGGGGACAGAGAGAAAGAGCGAAAGCAUGAAAAACACUCUGGGGGAAAGGAGAGGAGGCGAGACAAGCAUGAGAGUAGGCAUGACUCAGAGGACAAGGAGAGGCGCCGCCGCAAAGACAAGCAAAAGAGGAGGCAUGAUUCUGAUUAACAGCACAAGCUAGCAGCGCUGUUUAGUCGGUAUCACCAAUGUACCUUGCUUGCAUGUUUCAUGGU